AUGAAGCAGCAAAGGGAAACUACAAAUGCUGCUGAAAAUCCUGUGCAAAAUGAUGAUUUGGAUGCCUCCCAACACUCUGCUGAAGAAACAACAGAAAAUGACGAACUUGGCGCGCAAUCCGAGGUAGAUUCUGGAGAAACUUCUUCUCCAGCCGGCGCUGACAGCGAGGAGGAUUCUCCCGCCCCGCCCUCGCCUCCCGUGUCGUCCUCGCACUCCGCGCCCGCCACUCCGCGUGCACCCUCGCCUCCCGUGCCGUCGCCUGUCCUGGAGCACCCGCGCGCCAUUCCGCAGCCGCCGCGUGGCGCUGCCCCCCCUCCCCGCAUGUGCACGCGCCUGCUGCUGCUCCCUCCGGAUCUGCUGCGCCUAGCAAUGCUGUGGUGCCGCCUCCUGCCCCAUCUUCUUCGCCUCCUGGACCGCGUACUCGUCUUCAGAGAGGUAUACGACAGCCCAAGAAAUAUACUGACGGUACUGUACGCUAUGGAUUUUGGUUUUACACCUUCAAAGGCUGAUACUUCUCUGUUCCUUUACACUCGAGCUGGUGUUACUAUUUUUGUCCUUAUCUAUGUUGAUGAUAUUAUUGCUACCAGCUCCUCUGAUCAUGCAGUCUCUAUCCUUCUUAAAGAUCUGAAUGUCCAUUUUGCUAUCAAGGAUUUGGGACCUCUUCACUUCUUUCUUGGUCUUGAAGUUAAACGCACACAUGAUGCUCUUUUGCUUACUCAGGAGAAGUAUGCACAUGAUUUGGUUGCCAAGGUCGGCAUGCUUGGGUGCAAACCUGCACCUACACCACUCUCUUCUUCCGAGUCGUUAUCCUUACAUGAAGUUACUCCUCUUGGCCCUGAUGACAGCUCUCAGUACAGAAGCAUUGUUGGUGCUCUUCAGUAUCUUACACUCACACACCCAGAUUUGGUUUUUUCUGUCAACAAAGUUUGUCAAUAUUUGCAUGCUCGUACCACUGCUCACUGGACCGCUGUUAAGCGUAUACUUCGUUAUAUUAAGGACAUUGUCAAUCUUGGUAUUACUUUUCGCAAGUCUUCAUCCACCCUUCUCAGUGCAUUCUCAGAUGCUGAUUGGGCUGGUUGUAUUGAUGAUCGGCGCUCUACGGGAGGGUUCGCCAUUUUUAUUGGUCCUAAUUUGGUCUCUUGGUAUGCCAGAAAAUAA